ACGGACCCUGCAAUCGUAAAUGUCUGUCAGUCAGGCACGUCAAUAUUUCGCAGAUUUCCCUGAACCCCGAAAAUUCCAAUCCAAUUCAUUUUUGGUUUAUUGGAUUUUUGUGAUAAUUGUGUAGCACAAACUAUUCCAAAUAUAAUAGAAUUUGUGUUUAAUCUGUCCCUGAAAACUAAUAAGCAGUUGUUGAUAUUCGAGCGUAAAUAUUAUGUCUACACUUGUGUAAUGAUUGAUUUUUGAGUUUAUUUUAUUUACGGUGGCUUAUUGAUUUGAAUUGCUAAGAAAUCACCCUACCUGUGACGCUGCUCCGUUAUUUAGUGUAUUGGGCGGUGUUACAAUGUGAUAUGUGAAGUAGAUUUCGGUUAUUCAGUCAUGGAUGAAAGUAUAAAGACCUCCCCUUGCAAGGAGUGCACUGUGCGGGAGGAUGCGGGCUCCCUGCCCGGCGAGCUGGACCACCUGCGCCGGCUGCUCGCUGAGCGAGACACGCACAUUGUGUCGCUAGAGUCCGAGUUCAUAAAGUGCAACUCCAAGGCCAACGAACUUGAGGAGCAACUCGGCACGUGGAGGGAGAAAUACGACAGGCUGUACGACUCACACAAGCGGGUUCAAAAGCUGAACCAGGUAUUAGAAGACAAGCUCCUACAUAUGGUGGACAAGAUGAAGAGUGAGAAGAGCCAGCUCACGAAGGACAUAGCGACCCUGUCCGUGCGGCUCGCCGAGUCCAAGCACAACUAUAGCAUGCUGCAGAAGGAAAAUGAAAGGUACAAGAAUGACAUGAAUUUAGCUAUCCAGCUUCUGCAGUGCAAACCGGAUAAUUUCGUCUCACACAAAUUGGACAAUCUGCCAGUAGACACACAGGCUCGCGUCUCUCAGUACGUGAUGUCCAAGUCGAAGCCCGGCACUCCUGGCGGCUCCUCGCACUCCAAGAACGGCAAUGAAAUAGAAAGCUUCGACGCCAGUGAGUAUGAGUUCAACAUCUCUGCCUCCCUCAUGUCCAAGAUCCUCGAGGACAGCAUCCAGGACACCGUCACUAAGCAUUGUGAUACUUGUACAUGCUCUAACUCGCAAACCAAACCGUUCUGCUACAGCGAUACUUACUACUCUGUGGCUACGCAGACAGUCAUAAGCGGGGAGAUGAAAAAUUCACUCUGUCUAAACUGUAACUCCGAUCUCAAGUCGAUUCAUUCUAAUCUGAGUCACAGGAGCGGAUCGCCUCAUGGGUUGAAGCUCAUGAAUGAUAGGUUGCCGAUGCAUGGGUUGCCGAGCCCUAUGUAUAUUAUACCGCAGCCGGCGGUCGAUCUACUGCCAAAGAUACCGCUUGAGCCUGAACCGGUAAAGGUUAACAAAGAACCUGAGGUGCCGAUUGAAGUGACAAAGACUGACGAAAUGAAAACGCUCGAAGCGGCCAUACAAAAAGAAGUCAUUUACAAAAUAGGUGAAGACCUGAAACAACUAAGAAAGAAUAAUGGCAUGGACAUGGAGCCGGCAGUGCACCAUAAACUCUGUGAUCGAACUAAAACGCCCAUUUCAAGCAAGAAAAGUACCAAUAGCAUAGUAAAUGAUGAUCUGCUUACCAAAGACAUUCCGAUUGCCAAAGAAACCAAAGCUGUAACUGAAAACCAAAUAAUGCUAGAUAAUAUUAGUAUUAGGAAGAAUUCUUUAAGUUCAAUGGGCGCUGUUAGCAGAACAUCUUCUGUCGCGAAAUCUACAUCCAGCACGUACAAGUCUAAUACACAAGUAGGUCCAGGCCCUAGGUUCUGUUCCUUGCGAAUGCAAGCGGGCUCCAAAAACAUUCUGCUGGAUAAUGCCCAGCCAGAUGUUCCUCCCGUCUUAUAUAGACGUCAGAGCAAGUGCAAUGACGCUACAAUAUUUAAAGAACCAGCUGAUGGCAUUGACGCUUUCCCAGAUACCGCCAAAAAUAACCUUGAAGAUGCUAACAAUACUUUUGACAAAAUUGAUAGUAACAUAGUGGUAGAAAGUACGUUAGUAGAUGUACACGUUGAUAAUAACGUAAAGGAGUCGAAUGCUGUUAUUAAAAAUACUCCGCUCAUUAAUCCUAUUUUGAUGAAUGUAUCAUCGUCGCCAUUGCAGCCACUAAAAACUCAUAAUUUCUCAAAUGGAUCUGAGAAAAAUAAUAAUCAGGAAAAUAGUGUAACCAGCGUUAAAAACAAUACAGAGCUCGAUAAAUUAUUGAAUGAUUUUAAUUUUAUAAACAACAACACUUCUGAUAGUGUUGAUAAGUUCAAAGACAGCGAUUGUAUGUCAACACAAAACAAACCCGAUUUAUUUCCACCCACUGAUAAUCAAGAAGUGAAAAUAUUUAACUUUGAUCGAUAUGAACAAAACAAGUUGCUUGUUAAGUUUGCUAACCCUAUCAGAAAGAUAGACAUGUCAAAACUAAACUCUUUAGAAAACACAAAAAUAUCCAAAGAUCACGUACCUCAAGGAGAGCUACCCAAAUUGAUUAAAAAAGAUAACAAUGUGAAACCAAAUCUGCACACAGUCGUCAAUGUUUAUCCUAACUUGACGCAAACACAUUUGAAAGUGAAUGAAAAUAAGAAAGUAUUUACCAACGAACAAAGCACAAGUUCUCUAUCUAGCGAUGACAGCGCCGCGAUACUGCAAAAGCAGCAACUACUAAGAGUGGCGGAGUGGGUAGAACAGAAUCUCGAGCAGCAAAACAACUUCAAUGAUCCAUUGCUAGAAGACGAUGCUUCGUUCAAUGCGAAAAUAGCGAGACGUGAGAGUAGACUCCAUAGACUUACCACGACGCUAAACGAAUUGGCUUUGAACAUGCCCCACCCUGUCAGUAAAUAUGCUAAGCCGUACACUGUAAGAGAAGACCAUAAAAAAUGGGUGCAUCAUAAUAAUACCGAUACACAGAACUCCGCAAUACCGGUAAACAAUAGUUCUAAAGCUGUUAACAUAAAUAAUGUGUCUAAAGAGACCACAUUCCCGGCCGAGUGUAGCGUCUCCAAUGAUAAAGAAGCAGACGAGAUGGCUAUGCAGAUAGACAGCAUGAACUCUAGCGAGUACGAUCUGUCAAAGAAUUUAAACGAUGUCAUUAACGGUGACAAGGAAAUAACCGCUGAAGAUUUGGCAAGGAUGGAGUACAAUGUGAAGAAGUUCUUGCUGAGCGGGCCGCAGUGGGCCAACCCUGAGUCGGUUGGAAGAAGCCGACGGACUAGCAGCAAAACCGAGACUGAUGUAUAAUUCCACUGUAGCUAGAACACAGAUACUCUGUAACAUUCCAUUUGCGUACCUAGUGCUUGGUACCUAGUAUAGGCUCGUUAUUCUAUAAGCUACAUCGCCGCAAAUAUUAUUGGCUAGAGGAAAUUAACAACUCUUUGUAUCAAUGGAGAUAUCAGAUUGUCUUGUCGCUUAUGUUAUUAAUAAACAUGGUGGCAUAUUUAUUUAGGACUUUAGUACUUUCUUCGCAUCACAUUUCCUGCUAUAAUAUAAUUUGCUAAGACGCAAAAUAUGCUAAAAUAUGUUUCCUAGACUAGUUCAGUGUUGUAUACUUAUUGUUGUGAAUGUUUAUCAGAAUAAAGGCUGCCAAUAAUUUAAAUGUAUCGUCUAGUGUAGUAACUGAGAGUAUUAAAUCACGAAUUACUGAGAUGCUUCAAAAUUGUGAUAUAUGCAAUAAUUGCAUAGAAGAGUCUUGUCGUAAGGUGAUGCACAAAUGGAAGAUACUAUUGUCGUAGUUAUCGUAUUAGGUGUAGUCGUCAUCGGAUGUAAAGUGUGUUGUGUACCCGAUGUAGCCUUUAUUUCUGUGACUGUAGUCGGUAUACAGUCGAUCUAUCUAGACGACAUUGUAUUUUUGUCUCAGCGAUAAUUAUUAUUAUAAUCUUCCAUCUUCUUUACUGUAAUGGCUCACAAUAAACAGCCUCUAUAAUCUAUGAUACACACAAUGAAUAUACCUACAUAGUACAUUAUACAAAGGAAUAUUACAGUCCAAGUUGAUGCCGUCGAUGUUUAGCUAAUAUUUCUAGGAGUAAAUACACUUGUAACAUGCCUUCGCCUCACAAUGUACAACUUAUUUAUAAAUCAGCUGAAUACACGUUAUUAUAAUUAAGUAUAUCAAACUUAUAUUAUAUCGGAGGAAUAUUUUUCUUUCCUCGUAGGUAUUUAUAUGUUUAAAGUCGAAUGUUGUUUUGGUGAGCAGAAUACUACCUGACCUGAUAACAUCACAAUACAUAUAAUAUCUCAUAGUAUAUCUAACAUACAGACAAGGCAAAUAGUGUAAAUUAUGAAAUUCAGACCUGUGAACUAUACAGACAGGAUAAUAAUGUAUCGGUUCAUCAACCGUUGAUUGGUCCAUGAAUUGUUAUAAGACAAAUACAAGAGCAAGACUAGGGUUUCUCAAAGUUAGUUUUGUUCAAAGGAUUGGCCAAUGUUGAAUUAACGUUAGCUAACAGUUUACGGGACAAUCAACGGUUGAUGAAUGGUCUCUGACUCAUUUAAAAUGUACUAUGUGCCCGUAAAAAAAUAUUCUAUGUCAGUGGUUCUGCUAGAUACUUACCUACACCAUCUACAUUUAACAACUAUGAACAGUUUUCCAAAUCACUUACCUACAAUCAUGGGAUAUCAUCAAUAGAAGUCGCGUUAGCCGAUUUUUUGUAAAAUAAAGGGUAUAAAUACUUUUACUAAGUUAGGUUGCACAAGAUUAUCAUUACGUUACAUAUAGGUAAUUAAGUAAUAUUUUUUUGGUAUAUAAUCUCAGAAUGUUUCCUUAUAUACCUUAGGUACAUACAGCAUUUAUUAUUAAAAAACGGCAGAAAAAGUUAAGUUACUUAUUUAAACUAAAAGCAGAAAUGUAUCAAUUCCUAUUGGUGAUAGUCCGUGAUUUAAAUUGAAGAUAUAUUUUUGAAAUUGAUAAUUUUAACUGGGCUGUAUUGUAAGAAUUAGAUAGUAAUAAUAUAUGUUAGAUUGUAGUUUGCCAAUGUGUCUAAUGUUUAUAGGAUCAAGCACAAGUUUUAAGCAUUUAUUUCUAGUUUUGGAUAUUUUAUAAGGGUUGAAACACACAUGUCCUGCCAUUUGACAAAAUAUUUAGCCACCAAUUAUUUUUACGUAAAAGCGCCUAGAUUUUGCUAAAAUGUCUGCUGUAUGCGCUCCCGCCUGGAGGACCCCCACUACUUACAAACUUACCCCUUAUUCAUCAUCAUCAUCAGCCUAUAGCAGUCCACUGCUGGACGUAGGCCUCUCCCAAAACACGCCACUGAAUGCGAUCUUUAGCUUUCCGCAUCCAAUCAUAUUAUUAUCCAGCCACCUUUUGCAAGUCGUCACCCCAUAUAGCCGGAGGGCAUCCCACACUACGUUGGCUAGUCGCGGCCUCCACUCCAGAACACGUUUACCCCAUCGGUCAUCGGUUCUUCGACAGAUGUGACGAUUUAGCUAUUGAACUGUUUUGUCACUCUCAAUAGCUAAAGCGUCCAAUAACAUUUUUCAUGAAUAAAGGUGUUAGCAAUUUAGAAAAUCUAUAAAAAAAACACUUUUUCUUAUCAUUAUUUUCUGAUAAAAGUUACCAUAGUUUCCACUUGAGGCGCCAGUUUCUAUGUGAGAAAACUUUUAUAGAUGUGAAAAGUAACAAAACCCGUACUUGGCCUUCAUGUGUGCGGCAACCCUUAUUUUUGACUAUUCACAUUGUUUCCUUCACUAUUUCUAAUAAGCACAAUUUAUAGUUUUCUUUAGGUGUAAAAUAUAUUUGCUAUUUUUGACUUAUGAGUUUACUAAUAUUUAAGUAUGCCAUAAAGGUGUAAAGACAAAAUUAUUUUAUGAAUAUUUUAUUUUAUUUAAACUGCCAUUUGUGGAUAGGUUUGAGUUAUUUUAUAAGUUUGUGUAUGUAUUUUUUACACAUUUUAUGUACUUAGUCAUACUGCAAAGUUCCUAGCUGUAAUGUUUGUGUUGUAAAAAAUGUGGAAAUAAGAAACUUAUUAUCUCAAUGUGAUUCCAUGGUCUCAUUUUGUUGACGAAUUUAUUUUUAUUUAAUAUUUAUUUUUAAGGUUAAAAAUUGCAAUAUAGAAACGCUUUACAAAAUUGGCUCUAUUUAAAAACAAAUUAUAAAAAGCUUCAACUGGAAUGAUCCGCUUCAGCCACGUAAAUAUGUACAUGUGUUUAUUUAAAUAAAUAAAAUCAUUAUAUUAUGUAA